AUGGUAUUAUACUUUGUAGCCAUUUUUUUUGCGUUACUAUGGCUCCUUCAUCGUGCCACACGCAUUCUUCGCAUACCCUCACCAUAUCUAAUUCAAACACUUGGCAUAGACAUCCCAGAUCCUCCAGUAAUCACACUGGAUUGUGUUAAAUCUACAUCAGUCUUAUUUCAUUGGUAUCCUCUUGACAAAAAUGUUGUUAAACUAAUUUUUCAACUGGACGGAAGAAAGGCUGGUGAUACUGACCGACUGAGUUCAGCUGUAUCCUUGACAGGAUUGAAGCCAAAUACAAAUUAUACAUUGAGCAUAAUUGCUGUCAGUCCAUUAAAUUACCAAUCUCAUGCAUCAAUAACUCGCUUUCAUACGCCUCACUUAACAAAAGAAUAUAAUGAAUCAAAUAAAACUCCUUUAGAGGUUAUUAUGAAAGAAGACGAUACAAUCAAAAAAUUUUUGUACUCUAAUACCAACUUUUCAGUUGCUAAGAGAUCCAUAUCAUCUCAAAAUAUAAAAAAAAAAGGUCUCCAGCAAUCAACUCACCAAACAGGUUCCUCUAAAAUUAAACAAAACAAGAUAGUAAAUGUUGAGAAUAUAUCUACUUCUACUGUACUUGAUUUACAACAAAAUUACUCACCUCGUGCCUUUGAUCCUGAAACUGGCCAGCUAGAUGAGACGAAAAGUCAUACCGUUCAAACUCUUUCAGACACACUUCAGUCAAUUCAAACUGGAAUUAAGGAUGCAAUAGUUUCUAAAGCUUUAGAUAAUAAAAAAUAUCUUCAGACGGAAGCUAGACUUGAAAAGGAGCUUGCAGAAAUCAAGUCACAGUUGGCGAUUGAAGACGGACCUAGGAGUGAGAUGCGUGAUCAGUAUAGAACUAUAGAAUCUACACAUCAUUUUCUUGAUGAUAAAAAGGUUAAGGCUCAAAUUGCUUUUCAAAAACUUCGAGAUACUAUUGUUCGCAAAAACCAGCAAAUUGAUUUGUGGAAGUCUGAGAUGGAAGAUGCCGACAAAAAACAGGAGAAUAGCCAGUUGAUAAUUAAUCAGUUUAAACACAAGCACGAAGUAAAUACAUUAGUACUUCGAAAAAAUAUUUUGCAGGCUACAGAUGAAGCUAUUUAUUUAGAUAAAGAGGCAAAAAAAUUAGGGACGGAAGUUAAAAAGAUCCAGAUGUCUAAAACAUCAACAUUAGAAGCUAUUGACGAUGUCAAAAAAAAAGUAGAUGAUGUGACCGGUCAAAUCGAUGAUAAUUUAAUUGGAAGAUUAUUAUGCCAGUCUAAUAUUCAUCAAUUUCUCAAGGAAGCAAUUUCUCUAGAAAAUCAAAUUGAGAAAGAUUUAGAAGAUAAAUGGAGAGAAGAUCAAAAACUAUUGGAAAACCGUUAUGUUUCAGUUCAUGACCAAUACGAAAAUGCUAAUAAUGCUUACCAAAAGGCUGUUGCUGCUUAUCAAGCUGCGAUAAAUUCUUUUUCGUUAUCCAGCAACACAUCUCAAGAUAAUCAGCAAGGCCAAAACAGUGGCUCAAAUGGAUCUAGUAACUCAAACAAUAGCGCUAAAUCUAAACGAAAAACCAGGUCUAGACGGAAUACCAAAAGCAAUGAAAGUAGAAGAGACUCAAAUGACUCUUCUAAUGGAAAUGGAAAUGGAACUUUCUUAUACCCUUCAAUUGCACAGGAUGCCUUAAUUAAUAACAGCCCCCCAGUAAAUACCAUAGCUCCAUAUAAUAUUUCUUAUCCAUUUUCGAACCAGGGGAACCCAAAUAUCAGUCACCCUGUGGUUUUAAAUACUUUACAAUCAUCACUGCCAUCAGCUCUUAUGGAUACUAAGGCAAAUUUUUAUUCUUUUUCUGCCUCCAACAACUCCGGUACUCUUGCCACACAAAUGAGCAAUAAUCAUUCAAAUGCUAGCAAUAACUCAAAUACUUUUAUCAACUCCAAUUCUUCUACUAAUAACUCUCCUCCAAUUAGCACCACAAGUAUUUCUUCUACAAAACAAUCUUUACGUUUGGAGAUACCCUCUAGUGACGGGAGUUUUUCCGAAUCAAAUGCCGGCGAUAUUCUUAGAAGCCCAAGUGCAUUCUUACCCUCUUAUUUAAUGAAUGAAGAUGAUGGGCAAAAAGCUAAUUUAUCUGUUGAAACAGAAACAAACAAUGGGGAAUCUGCUGUAGCAAAUGAAGACUCUAAAUCGUUAAUAGAAGAAAGAACUGCAGAUGCUGAUUCUGGAAUCAAGUCAUCUGGGUUGUCUAUGGCCUUGCACCAGACCAAUCCUAGUUUCACUUCAUUUAUCUCACGGCCUUCAGCCAGCAUACUUUCCUCGAUCAAUCAUCAACGCAGCGGGUCUUCUGAAUCAUUGUCUUCAAGAAUAUCAUUAGGAUCUUUAAGCAAUGACUUAAGCAAUGACAUUCCGCUAGAAAAUGGAUCAAUGUCGUCAAAUAUUCUUCAUCACAAGUCUAGUUUUAAUCAUCUUUUUCCCCAACAGAAUUCUUUGCACUCUACGGUUUCAUCAUCUGGAUCUAUACAUUCAUUUAACGAUGUCCUUUAUCACAAAAAUAAACUUUUGCUUUCAGAUGAAACUUCUCAUGAUAGUGGCGGCGAACAUCUCGAUAUGGACGAAAAAUCUCAUGGGAAAGGCUCUAGCAUGUUUUCAUCAAUAUUUAGUACAUUGAGACCGAAACAAGGCCGAAAGUCUAUCGCACAGAGCUCUCUUACUCAUGCUUCUAGUCUUUCGGAUAUGACUUCCUUUGUUGGAAAUAAUUCAAAUGAGGAAAGUAACAACAAUAUGCUUCGUCCUUUGGGUCAUUCUUCAGCAAUGAACCUUUCAAGUUCAAAUAUCUCGUUAUCUAAUAGAGUAAGAAGUAGCAGUGUUAACAGUAAUACAGGUCCACCUCAUGCUCUCGGAGAAUCUUUUGGUUCAUCAUUUAUUAGCCCAUGGAAAACACCACCAUCUCACUCAGAUCUUAUUAGCAAUAAAAACACUAUUAUAAGUUCUAACCUUGUUCAUCCUUCGCUGUCAAGUAACGACUUGGCAGGCUCUGUUUCAAGUGGCCUUUUAAAUUCUAAUUUUGCAGAAGGUCAAAAUACUAAUAGUGUUUGGAACUUUCCUAGACCAAAUCCUAAUAAUGAGGCUUCAUCUUUGAAUUCUGAAGGAGUUUCCUCCAAUCUUGGAGCUAUUGGUGCAUCUUCUAAUUUUGUUGAAAAUAAAAUUAUUGGAAAAGCUAUACCUGAUCUUAAUUUAUGGAAAGACAAAUUAGAUGAACUUGAAAACUCACCAGGCUCCACUAAGUCUAAUGAUGAUUCUGAAAAGUGUUCCAAUGUAACCGAAUCUUCUUUACAAUCACCAAUCUCCAAUUCUGCCAAUAAGUCUGGUAGAUUUUCCCGAGGAUUUAGUGGGCUAUUCAAUAUCAGUAGCAGUCAUCGAGAUUAUAGCAAACAGCAACUUGAUAACUCCGUUGACCACCCAACUGAUACAUCUAUGUCAAGUGAUGGAAACUUUUUACUGACUGCACCAUCUCUAAAUGAUUCUCAAGAUAGACUUAGUAUUGGUAGCAACGGGGGAGAUACUUCAUUAAAAACUUGUUCUAGCUCCAGUUCUCUUUCUCAAAAUAUUCCAGCUCCUUUUCAACAACCAUCACCACAACCUUCUUCUCAUAAGGGUGGACUGCUUCAAAAGGGGAUUCGAACCUUUAGUCUCAGUAAACGAACACCUGCUAAUACUGGAAAUAACUUAACAGCUCAAUAUCGGGAAAGUGACAUAAGCGAUAAAGAAAAAGAUCUUGAUACAGAUCUUGAAAAAGAUAAGUUUAAAGAGAAGAAGAAAAAGAAAGAACGAAAAAGAGAAAAAGAUGAUAAAAAAGAUAAAGAUACAGAUAAUGAUGGUGAAGGAUUACCAGGAAUUGAUGAAGAUUCAAUUUCAACACCUGUUUUUACUGGCUCUAAGUUUGCUAAAAGAUUAAGUAUUUUUGGUGGGAAUAAAAAGGAUAAGGAUACUAAUGAAGAUGAGCGCACACCAAAUAAAGAGGGUUUGGAAAAGCAAGAUGUUGGAGUUAUUAGUGAUGGAGAGGUGAUACUUUCUCCUGUUAAAGAAGAAGGUCAUGGUGAAAAAUCCUUUUUUUCAAGACUUGGAGGAAAUAAAAAAGAUAAUUUGGAGCCAAAUGAAGUGGACUACCAGCAUCUUCUUGAUAAAAUGCGGAAAUAA